AUGACGGCACUGAUGCGCCUCCGGACGGGACUUGGAGGCGAGGAGGGGCGGGGCUGGAGGGGGCGCCCCCCCCCCCCCCGAAGGUGCCUGACCCCCCUCUCGCCCGCAGUGUACCACUGGGCGGAGAUGCGGGCCAAGAUGCGCCUCAUGGGCUUCGACGCGCAAGCAGUGAAGCCGCUGAACGAGGAGGCGGCCGCCGAGCUGGGCGCCGAGCUGCUGGGCGAGGCCACCGUCUUCGCCGUGGCGGGCGGCUGCCUGCUGCUGGAGUACUGGCGCCAGAAGUCGCAGCAGCUCCGCAAGGAGCUGCGGCAGGACGUCGCCUGGGGCGAGAUGCAGGACGAGGUGGAGCAGCUGGCGCUGGCGCUGGAGGCGCUGCAGGCGCAGGUGCAGGCGGCGCCCAAGCAGAGCGCCCUGGAUGAGCUGCGGGCGGAGAUACAGGAUCUGCGCGCCCACAUGUGCACCGAGGACCCGGACGCGCCCAAGGCCGAGCCCGAGCCCGAGCCCGAGGAAGAGCCCCCGCCCGAGCCUGAGGACUAGGAGGCCGCCGGGCCCUAGUCUUGAGCGUGACUUUCCCCGAUAUGGCCUUCCGUCCGCCCCGUCCCUUCCUGACCCGGUCCAGCUAAUACCACCGGUCCCUUUGGGGGCAGAAUGGAUCCUAGACCCGGGCUGAUCCAACCAGGCUUUGGGUCACUUUCCCCACGAGAGGGGCCAGCAGGACACGCAGACCUGGCUAACCCUCUGUCACUCACACCGCCACUUACCCGGAGGGGGCCUCCCCAUGACACCGAAACUUCGCUCCUUUGCGACCCUUGUAAGGGAAAUGCAGAAAUCUGUCUACCUCAGCUCUUUAUGGGGGUGAGAAAUAGGAUGGAUCUUGGAAAGCUCUGGCUCCAAUAGGUCACUGCGGUGCCUGACUUUGGCCCCCACUGGCACCUCUACUGAGGGCGCCUCCUAAGUGAUCAUCCCAACAGCGGCACCAGCACCUUCGUCUGGGCACCGCCCGCAGGAAAGGCUGGCAGGGUCCUCCCAGCAGCUCCACCGGCUCCCCCUUCCCCUGCUCCCCGGACCUGUUCCAGCAGGACCUGCCCUUCAGGUUGGAAAAGUCGGUGCCGCCAGGGGGCUGAACAAUUCUGUUUUAACCAAAGCCCCGUUCACCAGUAGUUCUGGACCCACUGCUGUCCUUACCCACCAUCCUCCCGUCUGGCCUUUCACAGGGACCCACCUGUUCUCCUACUACCUGGGCAGCGGUCAUGACCCCACCUUCCAUCCACACCUGCUCUUCAGAACACUCAGGGGUCCCUCUCCCUUUCUGCCUUUGGACUGGCCCCCAGUCCCCCUCAACCUCCUUCAUGCAAAGGCUUCCUCCGCGGGACCACUGGCCCCUCGGCCCUAAGCUCCCCGCCCCCAUCCCAAGGGAAUAUUCCACCAGGCGGUGUAGCCUGCCUGCCAACCCAAUGGACCACUGCAGGGGGUGUGCGUGAGCUCUGCGGCUUCCUAUUUUUUUAGACUGUAAAUGUUUUUAUAAUUAAAGGAGCUCCGAGGUAA